ACAGUGAAUAAUUAGUUCAAGCAAUUUCGUUAAGUUUCAAAAUAAAUUUGUUUUAAUCUGGUGAACCCGAAUUUCAAUUUCAAUCAUAAACAUUACAUCAUUUUAUUUUAAUAAAUUCACUUUAAAAAAGAAACAUGGGCCUAUCAAAAUAGUAUUAUAUUUCUGAUUUGAGGCAUGCGCCCCAUGUAGAUUACCAAUGGUAUAGCUUAAACACUAUUUUGCGUGCUUAAAAUGGUUGUUUGUUUUUUUUUUGUGUUUUUUUUGGUAUGUCUUAUGUAGGUCAUUGGGACUGAGAUAGAUAGGCCACAGUUGACAGUGUAACAUGGCGUCUGUUAACGACUGUACACCUAAACGAAUUGUAAAGCUUGGUCACAGAAAUGUCGAGUUCCCGUCUGUUCAUUUGAAAGUUAUGGAGGAUUGCAAUCAUUUAUUAAAGGACAUUACCGCAUUACGCAAUGAGAUGCAUCAAAAUGGGUAUGUUAAGACACAUUCAUGUGUGGAAUAAAUCAAUCAAAUGAUAUAUUUAUACAAUCUGAGUAUCUCUCCUUAUCUUUUGAAUUAAUACGGACUAAGAGCUGGGCCGUGCGAAAAAGGUGGUGAUGAAGGGGGCACACGCUGGGGCGCCAAAAUCGUAAUUUUUCAUUCAAACUAUGUGUAUCAAUAACCACUAUUUUGGGAAGAGCCUUUGCUAGCCACGACCCAGACUGGGGGACAAGCAAGUGUAUCUUAGAAAUCUUGCUAAGGUUGUCAAAGGGAAACAACCAGAGGCGCAGGUAUGCCUAGGGCUGGGGGGAGGAAACAGUAAAUUUGCUUCCAAUAAGAGUUGGUGGAGGAAUAAUAUCUACCCGCCCCCCCCCCCCCCCCCCCCCCCCCCCCCCCCCNGUAACAAAAUUAAUUUGAAAAAGAAAAUAAUACAAAUACUGAAUUAUUUUUAUAUUUUUUUUUUUUUUUUGUCGUUGGGAGGGGGUAUUAUUAGGAAGGGGGAAGGGAGGGAUAUGAUAUUGUCAAGUUAAGGCUGUGAAUUGAAGUACAACCCUCUAGCAUGGAGCUACAUUUGUUUUGACCGCACAGCCACGCGGGCAAAUUUUAAGAAUGAAAUUAAAAAUUAUAGACAGAAUAAUUUAUUAUUAUUUUUGUAAAAUAAUUAAAGGAUUUGAUAAUUUUAUUUGCUGAAAAAUGUAAAAUACAUUUUUUAUCAAUCCUACAAUUGAAUAGUAAAAAAUGUUAGAACAAUUUUGAACUCUACAUUUUUCUAUUACUAGUAUUAAUAGUGACCUCCCAAAGUAAACUCCAAUACCAUGCCUGGCACAAUACACAGUAAAAAAUUUACCGUCCAAGGUCUUGGGUGGAAGAGGGUUGACUUCCACCAUGCCAUUUGAGUAAUAAUGGCUAAUGGGGGCAACGUCUUCUUUAUUGGGUCCUACUGAGAAACUGUCUUCAAUGCAUAUUCAGUAACUGCAUAAAAAAAUAAAUCCUUAGUGGAUAUCGAUAAUUCCUAUCAAGACCAUUAGGCUACCCGUCAAAAAAAAAAAAAGACAUGUAUGAAGGAUUCAAUUAAUCAUAAUAAUGGAGAAUUUUAAAGAGGAUACACAUGCAUAUUCUGAAAAUGCAAAACUGUUCCGAACUAUUCAAAUUAAAACUCUUUAGAUCGCCACCCCCAUUUUCAUUGGUUUUUUGGUUUUGUUUUUGGUUUUGUUUUUUGGUUUUGUUUUUGGUUUUGUUUUUGGUUUUGUUUUUGGUUUUGUUUUUGGUUUUGUUUUGAUCAAUAAACAAAGGUUUUAUACAGUAAAUUUUUGGCUUAGAUGGACGUUUGGGAGGGGGAGUAAUGCGUUAUUAUGUUAGACGAAGAUCAGAACUGAUUUAUAUGUAGCCAAAAUAAUGUCCGUUUCAACAGGUAUUUGUUGAUUAGGGGACUCCAUGAUAGAAGUGAGGUACUAGCUGCGAGGGAGGCAGUGCUGGAAUACAUUGGCUCGUAUGGGGACACACUUGACCGAAGUCACCCGAUCGGAGACGGAGUUUUACGAGAAGGAUGUGGGCUGGGUUGCCUCCCAGUGAUUGAGGUGAAAGAAGAGUUUAUCACAUGUUGGUUUACCAUCGAUGAUAAAUAAAAUGUCACGUGAAGGCAGGGCGGGAGGCCUUGACCGGGUAGAGUUAACACUGUUUAUUUAGUCACAUGCAUUCAGUGGUGUAACUAGGGUUAGUGCCGCCUGGGGUGAGCCAAGAUGUUUACCACCCCAUGGGAAAACUCUGCAGUUAGACAAAAAUGCCGCCCCUUAAUAUUUAAGGAAAAAAAUGCCGCCCGGCAUUAUAAAUCAGACACGUUACCCAGUGCGGUCCACAUUGUCAUUUGUGAGCAUUUGCAUGAACUCAUAGUUUGUCAAUAUUUGGGGUUUGUUCACAAAACAAUAAUCAAUCAAACAAAGGUUUAAAUUAUUAUUCAAAAAGAAAAAAACCUAAAUGACCAGCCCAUUAGCAUGGGGCGAUAAAUAGAUAAAUAGCGAAGGGUGUAGAUGAGCCAGAUGUGAUAACCGUGUCUCGGGGACUGGCUUUAACUUAAUUAACUUGUCUCUAAUUUGGACAAUGGUGUAUGGCCUAUUCCAGGCAGUGACGUAUGGAGGGGGGGGGGAACCGGGGGUGUGGUCUGCCAUGGGCGGCAAUUUAUUUCUUUAUAUGGAGGGUCGGCAUUUUCGACCAACAGCAUAGUUUUUUUUUCGUAGAAGUGGGCAGUAAAAAUUAUCGUCAGCCUUGGGCGACACUAACCCUAACUACGCCACUGAUUCUAGGCGUUCUGUAACUUUUCAGCAUCGACCCAUCCCUUCUUGAGUUCAAAUCAUUCCCUGCCUCGAUUUUAAAACAUAUUUCCGCAGCCCCCCCCCAUGUUAAAAAUGCAAAUAAAACGGCAACCAGUUUUUUCUGGAGCUUCCCGCACCCCAUUGACACUGCCUCCCGCAUGUCAUGGGAAUGCGGGUACCCUUGUAAAAAACAUCAUGCUCUAUUCUGUUAAGAAAUUUUUACUGUUUUCUUUUCACCAGGGUCGUAAUGACAUCUCUCACAAAGACAUUGUGCUCUCAGUCGUUGAAGGGAAGAGACGUGAGUGUUACAGUAACAAUACAGUAACAAUAUAGUAACAAUACAGUAACAAUACAGUAACAAUACAGUAACAAUACAGUAACAAUACAGUAACAAUACAGUAACAAUAAUUACAGUAAAAAUACAGUAAAUUACAGUAACAAUGCAGUAACAAUAAUACAGUAACAAUAUAGUAACAAUACAGUAACAAUACAAAAACAAUACAGUAAAAACAAUACAGUAACAAUACAGUAACAAUGCAGUAACAAUACCGUAACAACAAUACAACAACAAUACAGUAAAAAUACAGUAACAAAACAGUAACAAUAUAACAAAAAAUAGCAACUGAAAGGGUUUUGUACAUUAAGAGCCUUUAAAAAAUCAAUUUCCAAAACAAAAAAAAAGGGGCAACUGUAUCAUUGCCCGACUCGAUAACAAAUUUGAUUAUUUUGAUGUUUUCAGAAACUUUUUUUUUUGUAAUAAAAAAAAACAACAAAAAAAAAAAAACAGGUAGCACAUUGAUAACUAGUCAGUUAAACAAUACAACAAAAAUACAGUAAAAAUACAGUAACAAAACAGUAACAAUAUAACAAAAAAUAGCAACUGAAAGGGUUUUGUACAUUAAGAGCCUUUAAAAAAUCAAUUUCCAAAAAAAAAAAAAAGGGGCAACUGUAUCAUUGCCCGACUCGAUAACAAAUUUGAUUAUUUUGAUGUUUUCAGAAACUUUUUUUUUUGUAAUAAAAAAAAACAACAAAAAAAAAAAACAGGUAGCACAUUGAUAACUAGUCAGUUGUGAAACAGGAGAGAAAUUUGUGAAUGCAUUUAAUUUUAUUAUUUCUAGUCGAAUUGUUCAAUUAUGAAUUGUUAUGUUUUUUGAAAAAUGCCUAGCAGUAGCACAGCAACCCCCGUUUAAAAAAAAAAAAACCACCAAAAAAAACCAACAACAAAACAAACAAAAACACAAAACACAACAAAAUACAAUGACAGAAUCCAUCGAAUUUUCAAUUAGUUAUAGAAUCUGAAAGAUAUGAUCUAUUGCUAUAUGUUUGUGUUUUCUAUUGUUUAUUUUUUCGAGGACAUUGCCCACUUUGACAUACGAAAAAUAUUUCACUGUAAGAGAAAACUUAUCCGAAAGUGUUUAUUUUUAAACAAUCUUGUAAGUGUUUUAAACCAAAUUGAUGUUACAAAUUAUUUAAUGAGAUGUUCAUUAAAAAACAAAUAUACAUUUUAGCUGCAUUUACAUGUCUCAGCAGAAAGUUCAUAAAUGUGUUUUUAAUUCCAGCCUAUGACUUCUUCCGUAAAUAUUUUAACGAAGAGGUGAUGACCUUCGACUACAAGUGGCUGAGGUAAGGUGACAAUGUAAGAGAGAUUCAUUGCUGCAGCCUCCUUUUUAAACUAUUUUAUCGCCUGUUUGCAGAGCGUGGGCCUCAGACAUUUCAUGGGCCCAAGUUUGUUAUGGGAAAUAAUUUUAAACUAUUAACUUUGAUUGCAGUGCUUACAAAACGGAACCGUGGCAAGGGGUGGGGGUCUUCCAAAUCCCAUGACGGAUUUGCUGUUUUAGGCCCCUGAUCUAAAAACGAUAUGACGUAGGAACAAACACACGCUUGAAUAUAAAUACCAAAAAUAAAAGAAUACCGAAAAAAUGAAGAAACGUUGAAGAAUAAUGUAUAAUUUUAAUUAUAUCUAUUUUAUUUUCCUAAAAUUAACAUCUUAAAAAAUCUUUGUGACUUCGUUUACCUCUAAUCCCCUCCCCACCCACAAAAAAAAAGUUAAAAAAUCAAUAACCAACAAGAACAUAAUCCCAAACAACUCUCAUGAUGCAUCAGUGUGGUAGUAUCCAACUGCGAUAGAUCUGUGACAUAAACACACUAUGUAACUCAUUCAGGGCUAUGCAUCAGGAAGGUUUCACGGGUGUCCACGUAGACAACGUCUACAUGUCACGGGGCUCCAAGGAGUUGUUGACCAUGUGGACACCAAUAGGCGACGUCAGUAUCGAAAUGGGGGUGUUGGCCAUCUGUGAAGGCUCAAACAGCUUACCAAGGUAGGUUUAGUGAGGCUGACAGGUUGUGUGUAAAAUCUAACAAGUUCGGAUUCGUGAGGGCUCUCAAAUACGUUUUGUAUAAAGUAGGUUCAGACAGACUCCCAAAUUAAACGUUUCAUGUAUUUAGAGUAAAUUUAGUCACAAUCAUUAUUCUAUAUUGAAAUAUAAUAUAAUAUAUAUAUAUAUAUAUAUAUAUAUAUAUUAUAUAUAUAUUCCUCAGCUUUGAACGGUUGCAGUCAACAUACGGCCAAAUGGACGCAGAGGCUGUAGGACUAAAAGGUGUGUUUAUUUAUUUUUAUCAUAGUAAAGAUUACGAUUUACUUGGGUGGUGAUGUGUGAGCAUAUCCGCACACCACGAGAUAACACUAACACUGAUAGUUAAAUCAUUUAUAUAAGAGUUUAGUCAAAAAUGACAAGUAGUUCUACAGUGGGUCAUCCCCAUUACUAAAGGAAACAAUAUUUUUAUGUAGUCAAUCAUUGGAAGUACACAUAAUCUGAUCUCCUUAGCCGUAGCUGUUUUGGCUUAAUUUCCAUUGCGAUAUUUUUUCCCAUUUAAAAAAAAAUAAAUUCAUUUCAUCGCGUGCAGGGACGGGCUGGAUAACUGAAGAUCCAUUUGAGAUAACUGCAAAGUUUGGAGGGCAGUGGAAGACAGCAGACUUUCAAGCUGGGGAUGUUCUCAUAUUUAAUAUGAGGUAUGGAACAAUCUAGUUUAUGAAUGUGUAGUCUGUAUACAGGGGCGGGGCAGGAGGAAAGAAGUGUGUGUGAUGUUCUCAUAUUUAAUAUGAGGUAUGGAACAAUCUAGUUUAUGAAUGUGUAGUCUGUAUACAGGGGCGGGGCAGGAGGAAAGAAGUGUGUGUGGGGGGGGGGGGUGUCAUCUUUAAGUUGAAUGAAAAGUAAUGUUAUUAAAAACCGGAGAACUGACAUAAUUAAUUGUCUUAAUAUCGGCAGACAGUUUCAAAAUUACCAAUUAAUUAUUAAGUUCACUUUUAGCUGUGUUUAUUUAGCAUUUUUUGUCAAUGAAAGUUAUAAAAUUUAUUAAUUUUCAGGUGGGGGGAGAUCAACCCUUUGUCCCAUACUGCAGGCGCCGUUGUCUGUAUAAUGUAAAUAGCCUUAGGCUCAGUUCACGUGACCAAAUUCAUUUCAAAUUUUCUUUCAUACAUUUGAUGCGAUUUUUUGUAUGAACCCUGGUCACACCUUUCAAAUUAAUUUUUGAUAAAUUCUCAUUUUUGCCCCCAAAAAGAUACCACGCACAAAAUAGUGCGUUCAUAAAAAAAAUGUGACGCUAAUCUGAAGGAAAAUUUGAUCAUGUGAACUAAGGCUUACUGGCAUAAUAAUGGCAAAAAAAUAAAUGGGGUUAUUAACUUCAAAUAUACGUGGGGUCCAUUUAAUUGAAGUGUCAUAAGGAUAUAAAUAGUAUUAGACAUUGACGUGCUCGUGCUGUAAAACAUUUUUAAAGCACGAUUCUUUCUCCAGAACUGUUCACAUGUCUACAACAAAUACAACAAAGUUUGCCAGGAUAAGCUGUGAUACAAGGUAAGUUCAAAAUAUUGAAUGAAAAACAAAUAAUAAAGAUUUUCAAUGCAGAUAGUUCAGAAAAGGCUCUUCUAAAAUCAUCUUUAAAGCUAACGCAGUUAUCUGAGUAAAGAUAUAUAGGCUACCUAAUUCUAUCAUUCAAAAUAAUAAUAUAUAGAACUGCUUUUAAAAUGAGUCAAAUGUGUAAAAAUCAAUAAUCAGUGCAGUACUGCAUCUUGUGAUAGACUUAACCAAAAGUAAUUGAAUAUUAAAUGUUUAAAUUUAAUUGUUUUUUUUUUAAAAAUCAAGAUUUUCAUGUCCUUUUAAGCCAAAAUCCCUUUUUAAUCCUAGAUGGCAGCCCUUAAGUCAUCCAGUUGAUCCCAGAUUUUGUGGCAAUGUUGAGAUUUCAAAAUCCAAAUUUGGCUUGCUGAGCAAGAUGGAUGAUGAAAGUGUCCCGUUUUCCACCACAAUUGAACAGCUGAGAGCAAAAUGGGGAAUUUAAGCUCCACAUCAAAAUCGAAUUGGAAUAUUAAUGAGUAAACUAGCAGAGUGCAGCAAAUUAAUGAGUAAAAUAGGACAGCGCUUAUAACUACAUCAGUCUGAAUGUUGCUUUAUUUCCCAGCAGGUCUUUAGAUAUUUGUUUCCAUAAAAAAUAAUGACUGCUAUUUGAUGGUUUUAGAAGAGACAAUGGUUUAUGAAGAGUUUGAUUAUAAUGUUUAUUUAAUUUUUUUAAAUAAUUUAUUUCUUCUUAAUUUCUUCAUAUAAAAAAGAGUUUUGAAAUAAUUUGUAUAUAAAUACAUGGUAACAUCUUAUAGCCUUUAGCUUUUUAAUUAUAAGGCAGUGUAGUCCAAUGUUCACAUUUUUCUUUUGAUUAUAAGUUAAGGGAUUGUAGUCCAAUGUUCACAUUUCUCUCUUAAUUAUUAGAAAAAAACUAGAAACAAUGUACACGUUUGUUUAUUCUGGCAUUUAAAAAUAAUCUUGAUUUUUUAUUUAUUUACCAUUGUUGUUAAACUAUCAUCUCAUUUUUAUUAAAAGAUGUUUUCACUGCAUCAAAGAAUAAUUACACUUCCAAAUUAGUGUUUUCAAAUGAGUUACUAAUGAUUGAUAUCCUGGUAGUUGUAACUACAGUCUGUCUGACUUACAUCCCAUGUAUUUGAUUUCCAUAAAAUCUUGACAUUUUCUAUCAUCCAUAAAAUCUCAGAACAUUUUCUAUCAUUUUAUUUGGAACCAGCUGUGCUCUGUUGCCUGUAUUGAGGUCAGCCUUUCUUUGGGGUCAGUUUGUAGAAGUCUGUCUAAGAAGUGAAGCCCGUCUGAGAAUUGAAAACACUGAGUUAAUAAAUUAAACUGCACUGAGUUACAAAAGUGUAUCACUCCAGAUUAAUAUAAGAUUACAUUUCAGAAAUUUUUUUGAACACUGUGGGCAACUUACCAGCAUUAAUUUCUGAUAUACAAAUGUUACAAAACUUACCGGCAUCAAUUUCUGAUUUCCAAAUUUUACAAAACUUACUGGCAUCAAUUUCUGAUAUACAAAUGUUACAAAAAUUACCAGCAUUAAUAAAGAAUAUACAGAUAACUUUUUAAACAUGAGUCAUUUUGUAAAUAACAAAUAUAUAUAUAUUAAAAUUAUGUUUAUAAAUAUAUAUGUAUAGUCUUGUUGACCAUAUGACAUCGACCAGCAACCAGCUAAAUC